GGCUCUCCCAGUCAGGCGGCUGCGCUGCCACCACCCCGCCCAGGCGCCGCGGGGCCCUGAGGAGCCGGUCUGCUGGGCACUGAUUGGAGAAGCCGCUUGACAACCGCAGCCAGGGCGCCGCCGCCGCCGCCUUUGCUGCCACUACACAAGCCGGGCCGCGAGGCGAGGAGCAGCUGGGCGCCGGCAGGCAGGCAGGGCCGCGUUGGCUGCUGGCGACGGGACCCUCUUCCCCUUCUUCCCUCCCUGCCACUACGCCGGUGGCGAGGCUCCGCUUGCCGCCAUUUUGCGCACCCCCGCCAGCCCCGGUCUCCCCUCGCCGCUUUGGGAGGGAGCCUCCCCUGAGUCUUUCACAAUGACGGCAGAAGAGACAGUGAAUGUAAAAGAAGCUGAAAUAGUCAAGCUAAUACUGGAUUUUUUGAAUUCAAGAAAACUUCAUAUCAGUAUGUUGGCUCUGGAGAAAGAAAGUGGAGUAAUUAAUGGACUGUUCUCAGAUGAUAUGCUUUUCUUAAGACAAUUGAUCCUUGAUGGUCAGUGGGAUGAGGUUCUUCAGUUCAUCCAGCCUCUGGAGUGUAUGGACAAAUUUGAUAAGAAAAGGUUUCGCUAUAUCAUACUGCAGCAGAAGUUUCUAGAAGCCUUAUGUGUAAACAACGCAAUGUCUGCAGAAGAUGAGCCUCAACAUUUGGAAUUUACAAUGAAAGAGGCUGUACAGUGCCUACAUGCUCUGGAAGAAUAUUGUCCUUCUAAAGAAGACUAUAGCAAACUGUGUUUACUUCUCACAUUGCCUCGUCUGACCAACCAUGCAGAAUUCAAAGACUGGAACCCAAGCACUGCACGAGUUCACUGUUUUGAAGAGGCUUGCGUCAUGGUAGCUGAGUUCAUUCCUGCUGAUAGAAAACUAAGUGAGGCUGGCUUUAAAGCAAGCAACAAUCGUUUGUUUCAGCUUGUGAUGAAGGGUCUAUUGUAUGAAUGUUGUGUGGAGUUUUGUCAGAGUAAAGCAACAGGAGAAGAAAUUACGGAGAGUGAAGUGUUGCUCGGCAUUGACCUUUUAUGUGGUAAUGGGUGCGAUGACUUGGAUCUUAGUUUGUUGUCAUGGCUUCAGAAUCUGCCCUCUACUAUUUUUUCUUGCGCUUUUGAACAAAAGAUGCUUAAUAUUCAUGUUGAUAAACUCCUAAAACCUACAAAAGCCGCCUAUGCUGACCUUUUGACUCCCCUCAUCAGUAAACUUUCUCCUUACCCAUCUUCACCCAUGAGGAGACCUCAGUCUGCUGAUGCUUACAUGACCCGUUCCUUGAACCCUGCCUUGGAUGGACUCUCCUGUGGAUUGACAAUUAAUGAAAAACGCAUCACAGAUCUUGGGACAAAAACAUCUCCCAUGUCUCAUUCCUUCGCUAACUUCCAUUACCCAGGAGUGCAGAAUCUUACUCGAAGUCUAAUGUUAGAGAAUACAGAUUGCCACAGUAUUUACGAAGAGUCACCAGAGCGAUGUGACACGCCAGUGGAUCCCCAGCCCUUGUCAGGCAGUGAGACUGUGUGCCAGAACUCAGUUCCAGAAAAAGAGCCAGCAAAUGGAACACAGUAUCAAGGACUAUCCAAGCAAGAAAAAAAUGAGCUUCGUGAUUCAGCAGACCAAUUUCAGGAAUAUUACCGACAGCGAUUACGAUACCAGCAGCACUUAGAACAGAAGGAGCAACAGCGACAACUAUAUCAGCAAAUGUUAUUAGAAGGAGGGGUAAACCAGGAGGAUGGUUCAGAUGCACAGCAAAAUCUUACAGAGCAGUUUCUUAACAGGUCUGUUCAGAAGUUGGGGGAGUUAAAUAUGGGAAUUGACAAUCUGGGAAAUGAUGUGCAAACACUAAACCAGCAUUGCAGUGGCAACAAAGGAACUGUAUCCAUCCUUCCAGAUUCUAGUCAGAGAACAGCAAAUGCUAAUGUACAGUUCAGUACAAGCACACCUCAGAAACUUGGGUCCACUAAUCAGAUACCCUCUCUUGAAGAAUCACCUGUCCAUGGAAAUAAAAUAAUACCAGAGCAUGGUGCCGUUCCAGCACAACAAGAAGAUUCUCCAGGGAAUUUAACAAGAGCAAGUGGUGAUGAGGAUGACAAAUCAAAAAAGCAAUUCAUUUGUGUCAAUACCCUAGAAGAUACACAAGCUGUCAGAGCUGUGGCUUUUCAUCCAAGUGGCACCCUUUAUGCUGUUGGCUCAAAUUCUAAAACUUUAAGGGUAUGUGCUUAUCCAGAACUCCAGGAAUCAAGCUCCUCCUCUGCUGUUCCUCGAAAACUGGUAUUUGACUUAGGCAGAUCUUCGCAGUCUUCCUCUGUAAAGAUGACAACAAAUGAUAGUAACACUUCUAAGCAGCCCGUGGUACGUUUCAAAAGGAACAAACAUCACAAAGGAUCAAUCUAUUGUGUGGCCUGGAGUCCCUGUGGACAGUUGCUGGCAACUGGUUCCAAUGACAAAUAUGUUAAAGUGCUACCUUUCAAUGGAGACACCUGCAAUGCAACAGGGCCAGAUUUGGAAUUCAGCAUGCAUGAUGGAACCAUUAGGGAUCUAGCUUUUAUGGAAGGUCCUGAAAGUGGUGGUGCCAUUUUAAUAAGUGCUGGAGCUGGGGACUGUAAUAUUUAUACGACAGACUGCCAGCGAGGGCAAGGCCUCCAUGCUUUGAGUGGUCAUACUGGUCACAUUUUAGCACUUUAUACAUGGAGUGGAUGGAUGAUAGCAUCUGGCUCCCAAGACAAGACCGUACGAUUCUGGGAUCUCAGAGUACCUAGUUGUGUCCGCGUUGUUGGAACAACAUUUCAUGGAACUGGCAGUGCUGUGGCAUCAGUAGCUGUAGAUCCUAGUGGUCGUCUUCUAGCUACAGGCCAGGAGGAUUCCAGCUGUAUGCUGUAUGAUAUUCGUGGAGGGCGAAUGGUGCAGAGUUACCAUCCUCAUUCCAGUGAUGUCCGUUCUGUCCGCUUUUCCCCUGGGGCUCAUUACCUUCUCACGGGUUCUUAUGAUAUGAAAAUAAAAGUGACAGACUUGCAAGGGGACCUUACCAAGCAGCUCCCAACUAUGGUGGUAGGGGAGCAUAAAGACAAAGUGAUUCAGUGCAGAUGGCAUACACAAGAUCUUUCCUUCUUGUCAUCUUCUGCAGACAGAACUGUAAAACUCUGGACCUAUAAUGGCUAAAGUGUAGUUUUUAAGCCUACAGAUAAAGCACACACAUUUAAGACUAUUGGAACAUUCAAUUAGGCAUUAAAAAGAGCAGCAUUUGAUCAGGAAAGCAUCUCAUGGAGAAGAGAUGUUUCCCUUCAGUUACCUGAUUGCUAGGAGGUGUUGGUGUGUGAUAGUAUUAUUGUUCAGUGCUUUCCAUGUGAUCUCAUGCUGCUGUGACCUAUCGUAGUCUUGUUGCCGAAGUCUGUUGAACAAGCUCUUGCAAUGUCAAUGUGCACUCCAAAAGACUAAUUAUGUGUUUACAGUUUAGUGUUUAUUGCAUUCUCUGGUCUUUGCCUCUAUGACUAUUUUUUCCCCUACAGGAAUAAAAACCGAUUCAUAAUUAACUCAAGUUCAUAUGAAAUAUCGCUAGGUCCACACAAAAUAGAUUUUUUGAAAACAACUAGUUUUGCUGUAUUCUACACCAUUGCUUACAUCACAUCUUAACUAGUGGUCAAAUUUGUUUUGCAUCAAAAUUUCAUGUUUUGAUUUUAGUAUCUAUAAUUAUGAACUUUAAAGGUGGUUAGGUAGUGGCUGACUCUUGAUCACAGUCCAUUAGGUAUAAUAUGUUGGUUUUUAACUGGGAUUGAUUGUUUUUAUUGGAUGUUCUACACUCUUAAGCUUUAGGUGGGAAAAAAGCCUAUUGGUUUGCUGAAGAGAUGUUAAAACUUUUGAAUGCAACAAAAUACCUCUUUGUAAGGUACCAUAGGAAAGAAAGCAUGCAGUUGGAUAUGGUUAGUAACAGUAAUUUUAAUAACUACAGCCACGAUCCCUCAAACCCUCAUACACAUAUGAGAGAAAACUAUGCAGCUAGGAAUUUCUCUGAAGUUUCUAUCAGAACAGAUUGUAUUGCUGAAGAUUUUAAUAUAUAUGAAACUGAGAAGUAGCUUGCUAUUGUAACUGUGCAAAUGACUAUGAUGAAAUCUUCAAAGCAACCUCUGGCUGCACAUGCUGUUUCUCUUGUGUGUGCAUGUAGAGUACCAUAUUAAAGGCAACAGCAUGGCUUGAAAUGCCAAGUCUGCAUGAUAAUGUAAAAGUAAAUGAUUUCCCAGUUCAGAGGCUUAUUUGAAUUUUUUUAAAAAAUUUCUUGCACUGUCUAUAUAAUACAGAAUUACAAAUUUAUUUCUAAAUAUCUUUAGAGUAUUAUGUUUUAUGUAUUGUUUAUAUUUUCAUAUUGUACAGUUAUGCUUUUAAAUUAAAUUCUUAAAUAUUUAGGUUAUUUAUUUUAAGUACAGUUAAGAUUUGGUUCUUAAAUUAUGUGCACUGUAGCAAGACCUUUUUAACUAUCAUAAAAAGUUGAGGUUACCAUAGAAAUGUAUAUGUGCUUUAAACUCAAUAAAGACUUUGACACCCAAUAGGGAGAAAUUAUUUGGGCAUUUCUAUGCUCAAAGAUGUCAUACAUUAAUUAUUAUAUGUUGCACUAAGGAUGUUGUUCUAAAACAAGGAAUGGGAAAAUUUUAAAAAUAUUGCUCCUGAUCUCAAUUAAGGUAAAUGUGUUUUCAAUUAGUCUUGUGCAUGUGGCUACUCCUCUUUCAGGGCUUUCUAGAUUGCCAACUCAAUGAGUGUGCUUGGGUGGCUUUCCUUCAGGCAGGGAGGAAAAUACCCACAUAUUCCAGAGGUCUUAAUGCCUAUUUCAAAGUGGGCAAGGGCCAUUCUAAAAGAACAAGGGAGGUGUUUAUGGUGAGCUCCCACACCUUUUUUCCUAGAAAAAUAGCAAUAUUAACUGACAGUUCCUGAUUUUUUCAGCUUGUCUGAAAAUCUGAACUUGUCCAAUAAUAUUAACGUACAAAUUACAACCACAGUUAUAAUUUGGUACAACACACAGGUACCAAAGUUCCCGUGGGAGAUAUUGUAUAGGUGUGUAUAGAAAAAGCAUAAGAAACCCUAUCGAAGGGAGGGAUUUCCAGUGUGUAUCACCUAACCAUACCCACCUUUGUGGAUGGCAGGAUCUAUAAUGCAUGUGGAUUGAAAGCAGCGAGUUGUAAACAAGUAUGCAUAAUACCUUAUUCAGAUACCUGUAUAUGGUUUCACACUUUCAACAGGUAAGUGUGUAUGCAGCUUAAGUCUCGGGUUACUUAACCUUCCAAAACAAAACAAAUAUUUGCAACAAGGCAGUAGGAACAUACACUGGCAAAGGCAUGCACUUCCCUGACAAAUAGAUCAUUAACAGGAAAAUUCAGGAGCUAAACCUGAAAUUUUCUUAAUCAUUUAACAUAUAUUUGCAUGCUGCUGUUGUGACCCAACUUAGAUCAGGCUGCAACUCUCCCAAUCCACUAGUUGGAAAACCAGUGCAUGACAGGAUUUGUUGUUGUUGUUUAGUCGUUUAGUCAUGUCCAACUCUUCAUGACCCCAUGGACCAGAGCACACCGGGCACUCCUGUCAUCCACUGCCUCCCGCAGUUUGGUCAAAUUCAUGUAGGGGGGUGCCUAAAAUCUUGGCUGGUCUAUCUAAAAGUUAUACUAUAAAGGCAAUACACUUAAAAACAAACAAACUAUACAGCUUAAAUGAAGCUUGAGGAUGUGACAAUAGAGGGAAGUUAAAUAAUUACUAUCAGUGGGUACUUCUAAAUUAAAGCGGCUUCCCGCCAAAGAGGACAGGGCUACUACACUUUUCGGCCGUUUUGUAGUAUUGUACACCAGCUGCAAUUCCGCCCGGGUUUCGCAGAACCAUGGAGUUGUAAGGGACCCUCAGGACCAACCCCCUAGUACAAUGUAGGUACAGUAUCUCAACAAGCGGUUUCCCAGAAUCCCAUCCAAUAUGAAACCACACCGGACCCUGCUUAGUUUUGCAAAUAGGCUAAGCAGUGUUAUUGCAGUCGGACACGACUAAACGACUAAACAAUAACCAGUAAAACCUAACAGUUUAAGAACAAAAGCACUCUAAAUCGAAAUAAGAUGCAGUACCUUUGCUUUUGCACUCUGGCUAGAACUGCCCUCUCUUUUGCAGCACAACCCCGCGCGCGUAAAGGCAAGAAAGCCCUGCCGACCUAAACGGUGGAAACUUAAGUAUCCCAACCUCGCCGCCGCCCUAUCACGCGGCUAGUAUCAGAGCGCCCGCAGCAGGCGAGCCAAGUCGACCGCCGAUCGAGAGGCGCAAGCUAAGGAAGCCGCCGAGCGCUAGACCGAGGCGGAUGACGGCCGAGCGCGCGGAUCCGAGGAUGCGCGGUUGGGCCGAAGCCGCCGGAAGUUGCGAGGCGGCGGCGGGUCCGUUGCCUUCGUUCGCUUGUUUUUAAAAGCGCGAGGAACCGUUGGCGGUUGGCGAAGCGAAUCCCUCAG